AUGUGCGGAAUCUUGGCGCUCUUUGGAGUUCAGGAAGCAGGCCCGCUCAGAAAGCAGGUCGUUGAGGCCGCAAAGCUCCUGCGACACAGAGGACCUGACUGGAGUGGAGUCUACUGCGAGGGAUCCGCAAUUAUUGCCCACGAGCGCCUGGCCAUUGUCGACCCAGACAGUGGAGAUCAGCCCCUGUACAACGAGGCGAAAGACAUUGUUUUGGGAGUGAACGGCGAGAUCUACAAUUACGAAGAACUGCAGAAGGGCUUGGAGGCUCGUGCUCACGGCAAGCAUCGCUUCCUCACGAAGAGCGACUGUGAGGUCCUGCUCCACCUGUAUGCCGAGGACGGCAUCGACUUCAUGUCGAAGAACGAGGUGUGCGGUAUGUAUGCCUUUGCGAUCUGGGACAAGAAGAAGCAAUCGUGCCUCACCAGAAGAACAGUAGUGCAAACAGAAGUGGCAUCAGCUGAUAUUGCUUGCCCAGCCAGAGGCCUGUAA